GGAAUCGCUGCUGGGGCCUCGAAUGGCAACAUAGUCGAGCACAUGGCUAGAACCAACAAUCUCGCCGAGGUACUAGCCAAAGGUGGGGCUCAGCAUACAGCUGUGAGCCUUUUCGGACUCGGAUUCGGGAUGUGGUUCGCCCGCGUAGCCAACCAAUCCCCUCGCCGAGUGUGGACGGCAUACACACUGCUAACUGUCAUUCACCUCACAGCUAAUUACGCGGCCAUGCGCGUGUUAGCCUUCACGUCCAUCAACCGUCGCCGUCUUAACGUGCUGUUGACGGCAUUUCGAGAAAACGCCAGCGUCUUAUCACCAGCCGAGGUAGCUCGCCGGGAGACAAUCAUCGUGGACGUGGGGCGUUGGCGGCCCCCAAAGUUGUGGACCGCCUUAUUUCAAAAGGGAAAGAGGAGGGCGACAGCAGAAUUGGCAAAGGAUGCUCAUGCGCCUAUCUGGAACAUACGUUUGGGGGUACGUGUGAAGGACCUCACAAGGUUCGCCGAGGGGCUUACGGAGUUGCAACGCCUGUUUUCCCAAGAGCAAUAU